AUGGCCUCUACUUCUAACCAGUCCGUUUACCGGGCCACCACCACCGCCCCUGUUAACAUUGCGGUCAUCAAGUACUGGGGCAAGCGUGAUGUUACUCUCAACCUCCCCACCAACUCGUCACUCUCCGUCACUCUCUCGCAGCGCUCUCUUCGCACCCUGACCACCGCUUCUUGCUCUGCCAAAUACCCCGCUGAGGAUACCCUGAACCUCAAUGGCAAGCCCCAGGAGAUUCAGUCCUCCAAGCGUACUCUCGCCUGUAUCUCCAACCUCCGUGCCCUCCGAAAGUCCCUCGAGGAUGGCGAUGCUUCCCUCCCCAAGCUUUCGACUCUGCCUCUCCGCAUUGUCUCCGAGAACAACUUCCCCACCGCUGCUGGUCUUGCCAGCUCUGCUGCCGGCUUCGCUGCCCUUGUCCGGGCCGUCGCUGAUCUCUACUCGCUUCCUCAGUCUGCGCGUGAGCUGAGCCGCAUUGCGCGACAGGGUUCGGGCUCUGCCUGUCGGUCCUUGAUGGGUGGCUAUGUCGCGUGGCGCACUGGUGAGCUCGCUGACGGCAGUGACAGCCUGGCCGAGGAGGUCGCCCCCGCCUCUCACUGGCCUGAGAUGCGGGCUCUGAUCCUCGUUGUCAGCGCCGAGAAGAAGGACGUCCCCAGCACUGAGGGCAUGCAGACUACCGUUCACACCUCCGACCUCUUCGACCACCGUGCCAAGAACGUUGUCCCCGAGCGUAUGACCGCCAUUGAGGCUGCCAUCCAGGCUCGUGACUUCCCUAAGUUCGCCGAGAUUACUAUGCGCGAUUCCAACACUUUCCACGCCACCUGCCUUGACUCGUGGCCUCCUAUCUUCUACAUGAACGAUGUCUCCCGUGCUGCCGUUCGCCUUGUGCACGACAUUAACAACGCUGUUGGCCGCACUGUUGCUGCCUACACUUUCGAUGCAGGCCCUAACGCCGUCAUUUACUACGAGGAAAAGGACGAGGAGCUCGUUGCCGGCACCGUCAAGUCUAUCAUCGGUGCCAGCGCCACUGGCUGGGAGGGCCCCUUCUAUGAGAAGCUGGCCAACGUUGGCCCUGGUGUCUCUCUGGACCAAAUCGACUCUCGCGUCGUGUCUGGCCUGAAGGAUGGCGUUAGCCGUGUUAUCUUGACCGGUGUCGGAGAGGGCCCCGUCAGUGUUGAGGAUCACCUUGUGACCGAGACUGGCGAGAUGGUCAACAACUAG